AGACAAACUUCGGUCCAGUUUGGCGCCAGACAUACAGGUCUAACUCUGUUUCCUUAUCCGGUGCUACUGAAAGCCAGUCAUUGAACUCAUUGUGUUUCUUGAUCAAAUCAUCUAUACCACUCAGACUUUGUCCUUUCAUAAAUCGCGCGUGUAUGAGGCACAAAUUUGUUUGGAAUCGGACACAGUUUUGAUUUGACCGCUUCUGCCAAAACUUGCAAGUUGUCGAGAUGGAGCACCAAUCGCUUUGUGACUGUUUGACCAUAUGGUGCUCAGCGACCUCCAUCAAUGACCAAGGCCACCGGUUCGUUGUAUACUGUGUAUAAUCAUAUGACUAGAAGCUUUUGGUCUCGACAUUGUACUUGCUAGUGUUUGCGCCUAUAGGAUUUAAUUUUACUUAAUAAUUCCCCCAAACAUCAGCAUUAAUGCAACAACCAACUAUUUUAAGAAUUGCCAUCGUUGGAUCUGGUGGGGUUGGCAAGAGUUCUCUAACUCUCCAGUUUGUGUAUAGUGAGUUUCUUCAGGACUAUGAACCAACAAAAGCUAAUUCGUACAGGAGAAAAAUGACGUUGGAUGGGGUGCCACUACAAUUUGAUAUUCUAGAUACUGCAGGUCAGGAAGAUUAUAGAGGGAUUCGAGAUUAUUUUUUUAAAAUUAGUGAAGGUUUUAUAUUGGUGUUUGCUAUUGACGAUAGCGAAUCCGUAAACUCUUUGGCAACAUUUCGUGAGCAUAUUCUUCGUAUUAAACAAUCUGACCAAGUUGUGUUCGAAAUAAUUAUAUCAGUCAAGGCAAGCAGUAUGCAGAUGAUUGGCAUCUUGACUUUAUCGAAACUUCAGCAAAAACAUACAGUGAUGCUGAAAGGGUAUUUCUUGAAAUUGGUAAAAAAAUUCGUGAAUCACAUAUGGCCAGUAUACAAUAUCCGAGAAAAGUGGAAAACUACAAACGAAGAAAAAAGUGUACAAUUUUGUAAAGAUCAGCAUAAACCUGUACAUCUUGAUGAACACUUCUGGAUUGCUCCAGAAAAGGUGCUCUUUUUGCUUCUAUGUUUCUACCAAUACUACUAAUACUUCUACUGAAGCAGUGCAAAAAAACUAGAUAUUUGAUCAAUUGGUAAUGCUUAGGUCUUUGCAAUGAAUUGGUGCUAUUGAUAUUUUUCUCUAAAUUUGACAUAAUAUUAUACUAGAUCUGUGUAUGUAUUUGUGUAUAACGGUCUUUGCAAAUGAGAAAAAACAACACAACUCAAUAGGAUCACACUCGUUUUGAAAUGUACUCAAUAAUGAUGAUGCCUAUCUUUGAUAUCGUUGCGAUUUGUAUAAUGUACUAUAUAUAUAUAUGGC